CUGGAUUGUCCUCCCCUCGCAGAAAGUUUUACUGUGAAAAGUUUUAGAAAACAUUCAAUUUUGUUCGGAAAAGUAUUGUUCCAUUGUUUCUUGAUUUUACGUUUGGAAGGAAAGUUGCAAAAAUGGCGGAACAUGAUGGCCUACCAACGGGCGAUUCUAAAGUGAAAGGAACCGACGAAUCACCUGUUGCUCCCUGCCGUGGCUGGGUAGAAGAUUGCGAGUUUUGUGACAAGCGGUUUACUGCGUGGGUAGCAUUUGAUGAAGAAGUUAUGGAUAAAAUUCCGGAUAAACCAGGAGCAUUUAUGAUAGCUUUGAAAAAUAAGAAUGAAACUGAAGUUGUUAUGCUUUUACUUAAUAUGAUCAACGUGCAACCUCAAGCACAUGAAAGCAUUGAAGCAAUAAAGGAACAAAUUGCCGACAAGAGAUCAAAGUCGUCGAAGGCUACCAUCAUGUUACGCUGGAUGGUAAUGAAAAAGGGAGACGACAAAGAUGUUUGUGUAUUGUGCGCACAUUGGCACAAUAAUGGUGUGUUGCCCAAGUUUAUGACAAAAUGGCCCGGAUUAGAUAUGUUGAAACGAAGUACAAAUUUAGUAUUUUCGGAUGCCCUUCAAAAAUGGUGUUAUCCUAAGAAAAAUCCGACUUGGAGGAAACCUAAGCCUCCAUCAUCUAAAGUAGUAGAAGUUGUUGAAAAGUGCGAUUGGUUCCAGUCUUGUGAAAUGUGCGAAUCCACUUUCUCUGCUUGGAAAACAGUUUCGGAUGUCGUACGGAACGAUCUAGCUCCCAAUGAGUUUGGAAUUUUCGUGGUGUCUGUGCUGUGCGGGAAGAAAAGGGAAGUGGUAUAUAUCGCUUACGACGAAAAAGACAUCAAAGUUAAUUUGAAAUCUACCAUCAAAAGUCGUCACGGAUGGAUAGAAACUAUUGCAAAGAAUAAGAAAUUUGUGAACCAGAAUCCAAAAAUGCAAGUGAGGUGGGCUUUGCUGAAAGAUGUAGACACAGAUAAUUGUUGCUUUCUGUAUGCACACUGGCUGAAUGUGGAUACUCAACCUAUGUUAAGUGUCUCUCGGCCCGGAGAAGAAAUAUUGGCGAAAAAUAAGCAUUUUGUCAAGAGAGAAAACGAUAAAAAGUGGUGUUAUGAGAUUGAAACAUUGAAAAUACCCAAGUUCAGCAAAGCUAAGAAUAAAAAGUAUCUGUUGCAGGAAAUGGAAGAUAUGUAUCUCGAAGGGAGUAAUUAAAAUUCUCUUCAUUUAUGCAUGCAGAAAAGACGAUGAGGAUAAAAGGCAAUUUUAAAAGACAGGAAAAAUUACUUUUAGAAGAUUUGUUUCUUCAGAUAUAGUUUUAUAUUAUUAUGUAAAUAAGUACUGUUAAAAUUACGUCAAACAAUAUUAUUCUUACUGGUUUUUCAUGAAAGAACAUUUAGUGCAAAUUAUGUAUUUAUGAACAUACUGAAGUGAUAUAAAAGUUGAUAAGAAGGUGAUAUAAAGACUGUUGUCCAAAGUUUUCAGUUGAUAUAUUUUUUUUAAAUAAAAAGAUAUUUUGCACUAAUUUUGAGGAAAGCAACUAAAAAAGUCAGCCGUGCAGCUUGCUUUCAAAAGAAAAAAAAAGUUUUACUCUGCGCUGGGAAGAGAGUAAGAGUAUAGCUGUGAUAUCUUUAAAGCACUUCUUUAAUGGAGAAUUGAAGAUGAAUUUUGAGCAAUGUUCAAUACUUCAGGUUUAAAAAUACAUCUUUCAUAAAAAAAAAAUCAAGAAUUUAAGGCCGUAAAACCAUAAUUACUUUAAUUUUCACGUGGAAAGGCAUCGUGUUGACGGAUAGCACCUGUGCAGUUUUUCUAAAUGCUCUGUUUGCUUUUCCACAAGAAUCUGGUUGGAGAACAAUUCAAUGGAUCACUUUUUUUGAAAAUUCUGUUUAAAAAAUGACUUUAAAAAAUUAACGAAUUUUUAUCGAUCAAGUUUUUGGCAGCAGUUGCUGCAUAUAUGAAAGUACACUUAAAGCAUGAAAUUUAUAUUACCUGUGAUUGUUUGUCUGUUACAAACGAUAGAAUUACCCUAUAAUACUUUUUUUAACCAUUUGUGAAUGUUUAUAAUGUUUUUAAACUCAUAAAGUCAAACUUAAUGUGUUGUUAUCUCUGGAAUUGGCUUCAGCCGUCAAAACAUUAUCAGCAGUUCAGUUUUACCUAUACUAAAUUACUUUGCUACACACUAGUGAAUUCAAAUGGACUAUGGGGGGAACGAGGGGUCAUUGUUUUAAGCUAUUCAAAUCUCAGGCUAACCUGGAAAUAAGGAAAAACUACUACUUUAGUAGGGUUGUGGGCACUAGGAACAGCUUACCGGAAGAGCUGGUAAUGAGCAGGGGCGGCAUUUCUCCAUUUCAUUUCGGGGGUCGAGUUUCUUAACCCCAAAGCGAAACCAAACACACAUUAGCUAACAAGAAGUUGUCAUAAAAUCGGUUUAGUAUGAAUAAAAUUAGUGUUUAGAAACAAUUAAAAUUUUGAUUCAUUGACUAAAAAGUUAAUAUACAAAACAUCUCGCUACUAAAGUUUUUGGACCUUUUGGAAAAGUUAUAAUGCAUGAUUUUUGGAAUUUGGAAGAGCAGGGAAUCGUGUUACUAAUCUAUCAGUGCCCAAUGUCGUGCUGUUUUGCCAGUUCAGCUAAAUAGAAAAGGUUUUUUUUUUUUUUCUUUUCGCUUUUGUGCUUCGAAAAUAUUUCUCUAACCUUCUGAGACAUAAAAAAAAAUCUUUCUCUACUAGCGGAGCUGAUUCUAAUAGUUAAAAAAUAACUGAAGUAACACAAAGUUAUGUAUAAAAACACUUUUUAUAUCUUGCUCUUCAAAAUCACCCAGGCUACUUCAAAAACUGUGAGGGGCUUAAACUUUUCAUCAUUGAAUAAUCUAGUCAUGUCGGCGCUCUCAGCUUCAUGAGAUAUCAUCUGCCUCCAGCUCUGUUAUAAACUAUUCCAGACUUAUGAGUCCAUAACAAGGACGAAACUGCAGUCUCUGGAUGUGAAAACUAUUCUGUCAGUAUAUUGCUUGUAAUUUUUCUUGCCUCAUGCUAAAAAUUUUAUUCACAGUUGAAACAUUUUAUUUUUCGUUUUCAAAAUCCAAUCCAAAUAACCAUAACCCCAGUCAACCAUACAGAAAAAUAAUUAUCAUCAAAUCUUGUGUUAAUUUCAUUCGAAACUGAAUCUAUUACUUCAUACAAAAUAUUCAAACAUCAAUGUUUUUUUUUUUUUUUUUUUUUUUUUUUUUUUUUUUUUUUUUUUGCACCUCUUUAAAAUUGGCUCGGAGGAAGAAUUUUUUUUGGAAAAUUUCACGAUUGAUUGAAAUAUACAUCUAUAAAAAUCUAUUUUCAGCUUCAAUUGUAGAUUGAACUGUGAUAGUAUGGUGCACAAAUCAAUUGUAAAUUAAACUGUGGUUUGAAUAGUCGAGUAGCGGAUUGAAGAUAUAGAUUUUAAUAGAGAAAAGCAUUUUUCAAAAACCUUUUUCCGAUGCAAAUAAAUUGGAUAAAAAUUCAAACGCAGUCAUAUAUGCUAAAGAGCAUGAGCUUUUUCACCAUUGAAAGAAUCGUUUUGCAAUAAUUCUUCCAGUCAACAAAUCACUGUUAUCACUGUUGAAUUUAUAGAGAAAUGUUUUCAUCGUUUUAACUCUUAAAGAUUAUCUCGUAUCACACUCCGUGAUUACAUAAUUAAUAGAGCCCCAUAAAAGGUAUUUGGUUGAUAUGUCUUUUUUUAUUUAAUAAUCACAUGCAUUUUUAAGAAGUUUCUAUGAAAGCGUUAUAAUGUAUUGAGUUGCUGAAACGUGUUUCUAGCAAAAGAAAGCGAUGAACACUCAUUAAAUAAAUAUACACUUAAAAAAUGAGCGUAAAAGUGAAUGUAAAAUAUCCUGGAAUUUUCUUGUGAAAACCAUGCUGCCACACCACUUUUCACGAGCCUCUCAUAUUGAGCAUACCAUCGUUACACUGGGCACACAAGUGUGAAAGAUUUAACCUAUAUGAGGCAAUGUCUUCUUUAGUUAAAAUUAACCAUGAUUCUCUAUCAGUUUUUUAUGUUCUGAAAAAGCCGAAAAUACUUCAUGAAUUUCUAAGUCAUCAUCCAAAUAACGAAAAACACUUUUUCUAGUCUGGGAAUGUGUCGAGUUUCAUCAAAUAGUUGCUGAGAACCAGCGAGAUUUCCUUUAAUGAACAUUGAUUUCCGACUUACAUAAAUUGAAUUCACUCAUUUUCUAUCAUUCUGCUCAAAACAUUUGGGGGUGCGACCGCCCCCUCUUGACCCCCCUGUUAAUGAGCAAGGGGGUGGAUAGCUUUAAGAGGGCCAUUGAUCUUCAUUGGGGACUAAUAAAUUGACUAGGUCCAGCCUAACUAGAUCAAGAGCCUGUUUGCUGGUCGUCACAUUUGUAUUUGUAUGUGUCUUUCCAAAUUGUUAAUUAAAAGCUUCUAAAUUAUAGAUGAUCAUUUGUCUUUUUGGUAUUACUGGGAAGCUAAUCGUAGUUGUUUUGACGCUCGCUUAUUUCUGAGAAUUCUGUUAUUUUAUUUUUAACUAUUAUAUAACAUAACUUUUAUUAAUUUGAACUUUUCAAAAUCAUUAUGUCUCUCAAAUUUCGUCUAAAAUUUUUUUCUUUUAUAUCUUAAAAGGUAUUUAUAUGCUAAAACAUAGCAUUCUUUUGACUUGAAAUUGAAUCUAAAGGAUAAAUUGGUUAUGAGUAAGCAUGUUUACAUCUUUUUUUGCGCCAAAAAAAAAAAAAAAAUACGGCUCAGUGACCUGACGAAUAUUUUUGAUACUUGUCAGACCUCUUGAAAGUUCUGUUGGCUUGGCGGAACAUAAAUAAUUAAGUGAUGAAUGAAUUUUAUAAUUAAGUGUGAUAUGAUUUUACAGAUACAUGUGUGUUACUGGUUAAUUUACACGAAAAUGUGUUGAAAGUUUUUUUAAAUAAAUGUUGAAACUGUUUACAAAUUUUGAAAUGCAGAAUAUAUUCAAUGAUCAAUUACAAAUGGUUGUCAUGCAAAUUGAAGGUCAAUAAAUGUUUAUGA